AUGAGAAUUUUCGGUAGUCUCAUCGUCUCCACCGUCUGCGUUGCCGCUACCUGGCUUCCUGAAGUCAUCACCAGGGAUGUCGCCAUCAUUGGUGGUGGCGCCAGCGGCGCAUAUGCCGCCGUCAGAUUGAAGGAGGAUUUCAACAAGAGCAUUGUUCUGGUCGAGAAGGCUAAUCGAUUGGGUGGCCACGUCGACACAUACAAGGACCCUAAGACGGGCAAUUGGUAUGAUUUUGGCGUCCAGAACUGGAACGAUUAUGGCCCGGCGAAAGCCUUCUUUGACCGCAUGGGCGUGCCCGUCGGCGCCCCAGGCCGCAACGUGCUUGCUUCGCGGUAUGCAGAUUUCACCACGGGCGCCGGCGUCAACUUCACCCCGCCCGCCAAUGCUGACCGCGUCGCCGCCCUGGGCCGCUUUCUCAACGCCACCGCUCCCUACGAGCAGUACUUUCUGCCUGGUUACUGGAACUGGCCAGCUCCCGAUAAGAUCCCCGAGGACCUCCUCCUGCCCUUUUCGGACUUUGUCGAGAAGUACGACAUUCGCGACUCCGUCAACCAGGUAUUCCAGGUCACUGGCAUGGGCGUCGGCGACAUGUCCAAUGCCCUCACCCUCUAUGUCCUCGGCGCGUUCGGCCCUCCCAUGAUGCGCGCCUUCCUCGGCCAGGGGGCCAGCUUCACGCCAGACACGCGCCGCAACAUCGCGCUUUACGAAGCCAUCCAGACCCGCCUCGGCGCCAACGUCCUGCUCAGCACCGUCGUCACCUCAUCCAUCCGCACCAACCUCGGCCAUACCCUCUAUACCAAAUCCGCCGACGGCAAAGCCCGAAUCAUCAUCGCCCGCAAGCUCCUUAUGGCGAUCGAACCCACCCCGGCAAACAUGGAACCCUUCAGCCUGGACCAGGCGGAGCAAUCCGUCUUCUCCAAGUUCAAGUUUUCGACCGUGCAAGCGGGCAUCGUCGCCCACCCGUCGCUGCCCAUCAACGGCACCAUCAUCAACACCCCCGCCGCCGCCGCCCCAAAUAAUUACCUCGUCCUCCCCAAGCCCGACUUCGUCGUUCGCUUCGACCACAUGGGCGGCGGGUCUGACCUAUUCCGCGUCCUGGUAGUCGGCGCCGGCGUCGUGACCGUGCAGCAGGCGCAGGACAUGGUGCGGCAGGACCUGGCCCGACUGAUCGCCGCGGGCACGCUGCCGGCCACGGCGGACCCGGCGGCGCUGCUCGAGUUCAGGGCCUGGGCUGACCACGGCGGGAUGCAUAUGCAUGCGUCUGCGAAGGAGUUGAGGGACGGGUUUGUUCAAAAGUUGUAUGCGCUCCAGGGGCGGAGGGGGACGUGGUGGACGGGUGGGGCGUUUUCGGUGCAGUUUCAGUCGAUUCUGUGGGCUUAUGAUGACGUGUUGUUGCCCAAGAUGCUUGCUUAG